AGUUGUAGCCGGCAAAAUAAAUGCUGCCCACCCCCGCGUGCUGACAACUCUACUGGUGUUAAUAUUAAAUACUUUAACUUUUGAUGUUGUUAGCUUAAUGCCACCCAAACAUCAGCACCAUGGGUAUUCUAGAGAAGAUUGCUGAAAUCGAGCGCGAGAUAGCACGCACACAGAAGAACAAGGCUACCGAAUACCAUUUGGGUUUGCUAAAGGCCAAGUUAGCCAAAUAUCGGAGUCAGUUGCUAGAGCCUUCGAAGAAAGGUGAAAAGGGCGAAGGAUUCGAUGUGCUCAAAAGUGGAGAUGCCCGAGUGGCCCUCAUAGGUUUCCCCUCUGUUGGUAAAUCCACAAUGUUGUCCACACUAACCAAAACAGAAUCGGAAGCAGCCAACUACGAGUUUACCACUUUAACCUGCAUACCAGGAGUCAUCGAGUAUCAGGGGGCCAAUAUACAGCUGCUCGAUUUGCCGGGUAUCAUAGAAGGAGCUGCCCAGGGCAAGGGUCGUGGUCGUCAGGUCAUUGCUGUUGCCCGCACAGCUGAUUUGGUUCUAAUGAUGCUAGAUGCAACAAAGCCGAAUGUUCACCGUGAGCUACUGGAGCGGGAGUUGGAAUCGGUGGGCAUACGUUUGAACAAACGGAAGCCCAACAUCUAUUUUAAGCAAAAGAAAGGCGGCGGAUUGAGUUUUAAUGCUACCUGCGCACUUACUCGCUGCAGUGAGAAAAUGGUUCAAAUGAUUCUUCAUUCUUUUAAAAUCUUUAAUGCGGAAGUUUUGUUUCGUGAGGAUUGCACGGAGGAUGAGUUCAUCGACGUGGUGACGGCGAAUCGUGUUUAUCUGCCCUGUUUGUAUGUGUACAAUAAGAUCGAUCAGAUAUCAAUCGAGGAGGUUGACCGACUGGCACGGCAGCCACACUCCAUUGUGGUUAGUUGUAACAUGAAAUUAAAUUUGGACUACAUGCUAGAGGCGCUGUGGGAAGCAUUACAAUUGAUACGAGUCUAUACGAAGAAGCCAGGAGCACCGCCCGACUUCGACGAUGGUUUGAUUUUAAGAAAGGGCGUCAGCGUGGAGCAUGUUUGCCAUGCUAUCCAUCGCACUUUGGCUGCUCAAUUUAAAUAUGCCUUGGUCUGGGGCACAUCCACAAAGUACUCACCACAACGCGUGGGCAUAGCCCAUGUGAUGGCCGAUGAGGAUGUCAUUCAAGUGGUCAAAAAAUAAACCUGCAUUUUGUUAAGUGUCCUGAAUUGAGUUGAAAUAUAUUCUAUUCUAUAUAUAUAUAUAUAUUAUAUAAA